CAAGAUUUUGGUGUAGCCAUUGAAGUGAAGGGGCACCCCACUUUCUUCUCUUACCAAAUUUUCCUUUUUUGAAUUCCAUCUUUUCAAGCGGCGUCGCUCUUGCUUUGUUUCCAAUUUCCCCCAUUUCUUUUUGCCUCCUACAAAGUCUUACCCACUCUCCUCAAUAAAAAUGUCCAUUCCAAGAAACAAAUUGCAACCCUCUGUAAUGGUGUGGCUUAGGGCGAGGAUCUCUUUCCCCUGAUACUUCUCACUGUUCCUUGCCUCCUUUCAGCUCCAAAGUUUCAACCUUUCAGUUGGUAGGCGAGCCCAAGAAGGGCAGAAAUGGAAAACUAUGAAAUAAUGGGGCAGAUUGGAAGAGGUGCUUUCGGUUCUGCACUGCUAGUGAUGCACAAGCAAGAAAAGAAGAAGUAUGUGUUGAAGAGAAUACGUCUUGCUCGUCAGACCGAAAGAACUCGCAGAUCUGCCCACCAGGAGAUGGAACUUAUUGCCAGAGCAAGAAAUCCAUUUAUUGUGGAGUACAAAGAUUCUUGGGUGGAAAAGGGAUGCUAUGUUUGUAUCGUAAUAGGGUAUUGUGAAGGAGGAGAUAUGGGAGAAAUCAUUAAAAGAGCAAAUGGGACUCUUUUCUCCGAAGAGAAGCUUUGUAAGUGGCUGGUUCAACUGUUGAUGGCUCUUAACUACUUGCAUUCAAACCAUAUUCUUCAUCGUGAUGUUAAGUGCUCAAAUGUAUUUCUGACUAAGGAUCACAAUAUACGUUUAGGUGAUUUUGGUCUUGCUAAGGUUCUGUGUUCUGGUGAUCUUACUACUUCUGUGGUAGGCACUCCAAGUUACAUGUGCCCCGAGCUUCUUGCAGAUAUACCUUAUGGUUCAAAAUCAGACAUCUGGUCUUUGGGCUGCUGUAUGUAUGAAAUGACCGCUCACCGUCCUGCAUUCAAAGCUUUUGAUAUGCAAGGUCUGAUAAAUAAAAUAAACAAAUGUAUCGUGGCUCCAUUACCAACAAUGUAUUCUGGAGCACUUCGGGGGCUGAUUAAGAGUAUGCUGAGAAGAAAUCCUGAACACAGACCAAGUGCUGCAGAUUUACUGAGACACUCUCAUCUUGAGCCGUACGUCAUGAAGAUCCGUAUGAUAUUGGAGAGCCCAAGACGGCACACGCUCCCGGCCCACUCCAGCGGCCCAAAGUAUGUAAAGAAAACAAGAUUUGUGGAGGAACCCGGAACUGUAAAUGGACGGAGGAGAUCAUUUUGCAGCGACCGGGCUUUGAAUCCGAGUGUUUGUGGGACCGAAUUGGACACCCGUGGUUCGUCUCAAGAAGUUGUGAGUUCUUUGAGGAUAAAUUUCUCUGAGCCAUCAGUUGGGAGCAGUGUCAAUGACACAAGCAUGAAAAGGAGUGCCAUGAAAACCCAAAGAACAACCUCUUAUAAUAUAACCUCCUCAGCUGCCCCUACUAGGGGACACUCAAAUGCAUUGAGGAUAUCCAACCCGGGUUCAACUCGCGAGCUGCUUCCGGUGUCGGUUAACAAACCGUCCCAACCAACCCGAAGAUCAUCCCUGCCGUUGCCCACAAGAACUCCAAAAAAUCCGGGCCCACCUUGCAAACCAAGCACCGGGCUGCUGCUGCUUCACGGGGCGGACUCUCUGGACAUUUCGGUCAACGCCCCAAGAAUCGACAGAAUGGUGGAGUUUCAGGACAUGUCAAGUGUCCCAAAAGACAAAAACACUGUUCACGACAACCCUCCGGACGAGGAGGGAUGUGGGUCUAGGACCAGGAGUCCUACAAAUUGCAGCAGGUUCGACACGUCUUCUUACAAGCAACGGGCGGAAGCUCUGGAAGGGCUGCUGGAGUUCAGCGCGCAGCUGCUGCAGCAAGAACGGAUAGAAGAACUGUCCGUUCUGCUCAAGCCUUUCGGGCUGGAAAAGGUCUCUCCCAGGGAGACUGCCAUUUGGCUCACAAAGAGUUUCAAGGAGAAUGCCGCUUAAUUAAUUAUUAAUCCGUAAUUAUUAACCUUUUUUAAUUUUUGUUUCUUGCUUUGUAUUGACGACACCAUUGACGAAAAGAAGAGUACAUGAACCACUUGUUCAUGGAAAACCAAUGGAGAAGGAAGUAUGUUAUACAGUACAAGACACAUUUCU